GUGCCAUAUCUCUUUCGACAGCCAUUACUUCCACCAAUCCUUUUGAUCGUCACCGUCUCAUUCCAUGCGACUUCUUGGAUUACCCUUUUUCUCUCAGCUUCGAAUGACGAAGAAACAUAGCGAACAGUGUCACCUGAAGCGUAGGAUGGCUUAGCUAUGAGGGACGUCAAGAUAGUUAUGGCCUUGCUGGUAUUGAGGCCCAAGACGUGUGCAAGUCCAAGUGGGAGGAUGUAUAGUGCAAUAGGUAGAAGACAUGCGAUGGAAUAUUUGGUACAGGAAGCUGCUUUCUGCAUUACUCCGGCAUGCUCAUGAGCAUCUAGGCGUUGACAUUCAAACGCUCAAGCACUCGUGUUCAGGCCCAAAUGACCUGCUGUGAUUGUUGUCCGACUGAUCCCUUCGUCUGGCCUCUUUCUGUCGUCCAGCCAAGUUUCCGUCAUUGCCUUUGCAAGAUUGGCCAUACGUUCAGUGCGUGCUCAAUCAGACUCUACGAGGACAACCAGUGCACCCUUCCACCUAUGCGAACUCAUACAUACACUUCAUCCAUCUCAUCAUCUCAUCAUCUAUUCCGGUUCGUGCUCUACGCCCAUUUUGUACUCCCCUGGAGCAUCUCAACCUAUUCCCCGUUCGCUGUCAAGAACCGUUUCCUCUCUCCACUCGAUGUUCUCUUUUCCCAAGCCUCGCUCUUGCCCCAAGUUGAUCCUCUCCAGGCAGAUUUUGCUCGGUUGCUUAACAACGACCAUUUCAAAAUGCUGGGCUGCUCCUGUGCAUGUUGUGUUUCCCUGCUAUCGAGUCCAGCUCAUCAAAUAAUAGUAGGGGCCCAUGGAGAUGUGGCCAGGAACAGUGUCCUCCCGCAUUCCUGCUCCUUUCGUGCUCAGAGGCCGCUUUUUGUCUUCGCGUAUAGACUUGGAGUGGCUUAUUUCCAAUCUACCUUCCUUGGAAAGGCUGAGGUGGCUGCGAUUAUGGCUUUUCCCUCCUUGGUCCUAGAUGAUGGUGGGGUAGGCAAAGAUGUGGUGGGGGCAGUCUGAUUGACUCUUCUCCGGCGUUGACCACUUCACGUCCUCUUCGGCUCUUCGAAAAUGUCACGGAUUAUGACCGACAGAAUUACUGGGAGGA